UCUCCUGAGUCCUUUCCCGAACGGCUCGCAUCAUCAGUAAUGAGCAGGAGGGCCUCUUCCGUCCAACCGGGCUGCCGGCCGCCGUCAUCUGUCACUGGGGUCGAGAAGGAGGCGAGACCCAACUGGGCACUCUUUUUCGUGGCGGAGGCUGCAGCGACCGUGGACCUUUCACGACGGGGGGAGGUGCUGUACGUCCAAGAUGGCGGCGCCCUGUAGGCUGGAGGAACUGUGAGGUAAACAGCUGAGGGGGAGGAGACGGUGGUGACCAUGAAAGACACCAGGUUGACAGCACUGGAAACCGAAGUACCGAUUGUCCCCAGAACAGUCUGGUAGUGGCACCAAUGAAGAGCCUGCAGAGUCGCUAGUGCACGUCCCGGACCUGGCGCAGCACAGUUGUGUAAGAUAAUGGCCCAGCAAGCGAAUAUCGGGGAGCUCCUGUCCAUGCUGGACUCUCCCAUGCUGAGUGUGCGUGAUGAUGUGACAGCUGUCUUUAAAGAGAACCUCAGCUCUGACCGUGGUCCGAUGCUCGUAAACACCUUGGUGGACUAUUACCUGGAAACCAAUUCUCAGCCGGUAUUGCACAUCCUGACUACCUUGCAAGAGCCACAUGACAAGCACCUCUUGGACAAAAUGAAUGACUGUAUGGGCAGAGCCGCUUCUCGGCUGCCCGCACUGUCGCUGCUGGGGCACGUCAUCAGGCUGCAGCCACCUUGGAAGCACAAACUCUCUCAAGCACCUCUUUUGCCUUCUUUACUCAAAUGUCUCAAGGUGGAUACCGAUGUCGUCGUCCUCACAACAGGUGUCUUAGUGUUGAUAACCAUGUUACCAAUGAUUCCACAGUCGGGGAAGCAGCACCUUCAUGAUUUCUUUGAUAUUUUUGGCCGUCUUUCGUCGUGGUGCCUGAAGAAACCAGGCCACGUGACAGAAAUCUAUCUUGUCCAUCUCCAUGCCAGUGUUUAUGCUCUCUUUCAUCGCCUCUACGGAAUGUACCCUUGCAACUUUGUCUCCUUUCUACGCUCUCACUACAGUAUGAAGGAGAACUUGGACACUUUUGAAGAAGUGGUCAGGCCAAUGAUGGAGCACGUGCGAAUUCACCCGGAAUUAGUGACUGGAUCCAAGGACCACGAACUGGACCCUCGAAGGUGGAAGAGAUUAGAAACACAUGAUGUUGUAAUAGAGUGUGCCAAAAUCUCUCUGGACCCCGCAGAAGCCUCGUACGAAGACGGCGACUCUGUGUCCCCGCAGGUGUCCGCGCGCUUUCCUCAUCGUGCGGCCGAUGUGGCCGCCAGCCCUUAUGUCGACACGCAGAAUAGCUGUGGGAGUGCUACCUCGACCCCUUAUUCCAGCUCUUGGCUGAUGUUGUUAAACAUGCCCGGGCAGCCACCUCAGACUCUGAGUCCCCCAUCGACACGGCUGUUGACUGAGCCGCCACAAGCUACUCUUUGGAGCCCAUCUAUGGUUUGUGGUAUGACCACUCCUCCAACUUCUCCUGGAAAUGUCCCAUCUGAUCUGUCACACCCUUACAGUAAAGUCUUUGGUACAACUGGUGGAAAAGGAACUCCUCUGGGAACCCCAGCAACGUCUCCUCCUCCCGCCCCACUCUGCCACUCGGACGACUACGUGCACAUUGCCCUCCGGCACGCCACAGCCACACCCCCCAAGAAGGAAGAGAAAACAGAUUCAGCAAGGCCCUGUCUACACAGACAGCACCAUCUUCCAAACGACAGAGGAUUAGAAGAGCUACCUGGCAGCAAAGGUUCUGUCACUCUAAGUGACCUUCCAGGGUUUUUAGGGGACCUGGCCUCUGAAGAAGAUAGCAUUGAGAAAGCUAGAGAAGAAGCGGCGAUAUCUAAAGAACUCUCCGAGAUCACGACGGCCGACACCGAGCCCCUGGUUCCUCGAGGAGGCUUUGACUCUCCCUUCUACCGGGACAGUCUUCCGGGCUGUCCUCGCAAGAACCAUUCGGCCACCUCUGGUGCUCAGGGUGCCAAUGUGAACCCCGAGCCUUUAAACUCCUCCCUGGACAAGCUUGGGCCUGACACACCAAAGCAAGCCUUUACUCCCAUAGACCCACCCUGUGGAGGCGCCGACGAAAGCCCUGCCGGGAACAGGGAGCACCAGACUUCGCUGGAGACCAACAUCCUCACUCCCAGCCCUUGUAAAAUUCCACCUCAGAGGGGAGUGGGGUAUGGAAGUGGGCAGCCUCCCCCUUAUGAUCAUCUUUUUGAGGUGGCAUUGCCAAAGACCGCCCAUCAUUUUGUCAGCAAGAAGACCAAGGAACUGUUAAAGAAAGCAAAAGGAAAUGCAGAAGAAGACUAUCCACCCUCAACCUCCCCCGCGGAAGUCCUGGAUAGACUGAUCCAGCAGGGAGCAGAUGCGCACAGCAAGGAGCUGAACAAGUUGUCUUUACCCAGCAAGUCUGUUGACUGGACCCACUUUGGAGGCUCUCCUCCCUCAGAUGAGAUCCGCACCCUCCGUAACCAGUUGCUUUUACUGCACAACCAGUUACUCUAUGAGCGUUUUAAGAGGCAGCAGCAUGCUCUCCGGAACAGGCGGCUCCUCCGCAAGGUGAUCAGGGCGGCGGCGCUGGAGGAACACAACGCUGCUAUGAAAGACCAGUUGAAGUUACAAGAGAAGGACAUCCAGAUCUGGAAGGUUAGCGUGCAGAAGGAGCAGGCCCGGUGCAGCCAGCUGCAGGAGCAGCGAGACACGAUGGUGACCCAGCUCCACAGCCAGAUCCGGCAGCUGCAGCACGACCGGGAGGAGUUCUACAACCAGAGCCAGGAGCUGCAGACGAAGCUGGAGGACUGCAGGAACAUGAUCGCAGAGCUGCGUCUGGAACUGAAGAAGGCCAACAGCAAGGUGUGCCACACGGAGCUGCUGCUCAGCCAGGUGGCCCAGAAGCUCUCAAACAGUGAGUCGGUCCAGCAGCAGAUGGAGUUCUUGAACCGGCAGCUCUUGGUCCUUGGAGAGGUCAACGAGUUGUAUCUGGAACAACUGCAGAGCAAACACUCAGACACCACAAAGGAGGUAGAAAUGAUGAAAGCUGCGUGUCGGAAAGAACUAGAAAAAAACAGAAGCCACCUUCUCCAGCAGAAUCAGAGGCUCGAUACCUCCCAGAAACGGAUUUUGGAACUGGAAUCUCACCUGGCCAAGAAAGACCACCUUCUUUUGGAGCAGAAGAAAUAUUUAGAAGAUGUCAAAGUCCAGGCGAGAGGACAGCUGCAGGCUGCAGAGAGCAGGUAUGAGGCUCAGAAAAGGAUCACCCAAGUGUUUGAGUUGGAGAUCUUAGAUUUAUAUGGCAGAUUGGAGAAGGACAGCCUCCUGAAGAAACUUGAAGAAGAAAAAGCAGAAGCAGCCGAAGCGGCAGAAGAAAGGCUUGCCUGUUGCAAGGACGGCUGCUCGGAUUCCCUAACAGGGCACAGUGAAGACGCAUCUGGCCACAACGGCGACACCAAGCACCCCCGACCUGGCGGCAGCGCGCGGGCCGGCGGUGCGAGUAGAGGGGGUGGAGCUGGCCGUGGUGGCAGCAGCAGUGAGCUUUCAACCCCGGAGAAACCCCCCAUCCAGAGGGCCGGCCUCUUCAGCAGUCGGUGGGAAACUACUGUGGGAGAGUCUGCCACCAGCAUCCCCACGACUGUCGGCUCCCUUCCCAGUUCAAAAAGCUUCCUGGGCAUGAAGGCGCGAGAGUUAUUUCGUAAUAAGAGUGAGAGUCAGUGUGAUGAGGACAGCGUGACCAUCAGUAGCCUUUCUGAGACGCUAAAGACAGAACUGGGCAAAGACCCGGGUGCGGAAGCCAAGACCCCCCCGAACCUCGACGGCCCGCACCCCUCCCCCCCGAACCUGGACAGUGUUGGACAGCUGCACAUCAUGGACUACAACGAGACUCAUCAUGAACACAGCGAAGGAUGACGGUCACUCAGUGUUAACUUGCAGGUUGCUGGCGUAGAACAGGAGGUGUGAAUGCACGUUCCCAGGCUUUCCUGUCUCCAGGGUCUGGGUGGCUAGCUCACGCGGUGGAAAUGGGAUGGAGGUCCUUUUGACAGUUGACUGAACGCAGAACGGUUUUUGGAUCUGGCAUUGAAAUGCCUCUUAACUUUCCCCUCAGCCCACUCCCCAGCCUGUCUUUCAUUUACCCAGCAGUGUGGACUAAUCCGAGGGCCAGUUUGCAUUCCUCAGUAGCUUUAUUUUCUUCCUUCCCCCACAAUGGUUGCGCCCUUUGAACCUGUGCAAUAUGAGGCCAAAUUUAAUCUUUGAGUCUAACACACCACUCUCUCCUUUCCUGAAACUCGGAGAAUGGGUUGGCUCUCCGUUAGCCCAGGUAAUUGGUGGUGUUGCAGGUAAGUCUGGUCUUGUCCCUUUCCACAGGGAUGUAGCUUGCGAAGCUGGUCAACUUCAUGUGGAAGCUUUUCACGAGACUUUGUCACUGCUUUUUGGUUCUGAAGUGCAGCCUCUAAAGCAGCAGAUCUAGAGAAACAAUUGUUUAUUCUCCCUUACGUUCUUUUGGCAGUUCUGAUAAGCUUCCUAGAAAGUUCUGUGUGAACAAACGUCUGUUGUUAGAGGAGUCUGGAGCUGGCACCAUGGAGACCAUCCUUUUCCUUUGGGAAUGCUCUGUCCCUCCUUCCCCGCUACCUCUUAUUUAUUUGGUGUUUGCUAGAAAGCUGGGACUGCUCUGACCAGGCUGGCGUAGGGGUGGUAAAACCCACUCUCUGCAGGAGGGGAGGUUGGUGGCUUGAGCAGUUGCCUGAGAAGCGCUUGUGGACGAGGAACUGCCCCUUGGGCAGGGCUGUGCCAGCUGAGCCUCGGGGUUCACCCCCCCCUGCCUCGGUCUGUCUGCCUCUCUCCCUUCGUGUUUCCAUGAGCCUCUCAUCUAUGUCAGCUUCUUGGUGAUGCUGCUGCAGAAAGGCUCUGAAGGCCCAAAGAGUUUCUUCAGCAUUUAAAUGACCAUUGCUUCUCAGGCUGGUAGAGCCCCCUCGCCGUUGCUGAUUCUAGACCACCAAAAAGGUAACAGCUUUCUCACACCAACCUAACUUUCCGGGGCCGGCCCUCCAGGGAGCUUGAUGCUGCUCCCUUCCCACACAUUAGUGGUGGCCGAGCAGUUCAGAGCAGAGUCCUGGCGAGCGUUGACCAAGGCGGUCUGACGUGCACCCUGGGCUGCCUGCACACGCUCAGGGGAGGUGACCCCAGCACAGCAUCUGAAACUCAGUACAGGCUCCAGAGGUAGAUGCUAGAAGCCUAAGCGCUGUUGCUUAGUGUCCCAGCCGAGGCAAGGAGAGACCGGCAGGAAAGAGCCGGUGAACUUGGUUUUUCUCUUUUUUAUUCUUUUAGUUAAAAGUAUACGAGGGGUUUCAGCCGUGAGGGGGGAAAAAGACGGACCGUAAUGGUACGAAAUCUUACUGCUUACAGAAGCUUCCAGCAUGUGAGGGUGAAGGUCUUGUCUUUUAAGUGUUGCAGUAAACAUUCUAGCACUCCUGACCAGAGGGGGCGAGGUCACGAGAGACACUGUGUCACCACCACUACACUGGCGCGAAGCCUCGUCCAGACGGGAUCUUCAGGUGUGCUUGACUGUGCCCGGCCCUGCGCGGCCGGGCAGUGGCUGCUGGAUGACCCGUGUGGACUAGCAAUAACCACAUGUGGUGAAUUCAGCUUUGUCCAAAGGAGAGCUUAAAAUCGAGUAUGUCCUGUUUCCUAGUUCAGUUUUAGGAAAGGAAAACACGAGCAAAUUCAGAAAGGAAGAAAAUGUUAACUGGAUUCCUACUGAAACCAGGUCAAAACGCUCACCCUUCCCCAGCCCGAGACACCUGUGCCACAGAACAAAGACACCAGGCGUUUAAAUCAAAGCCUUUUUCCUGAUUAACUGGCAAAGGCAGAGGCCAAUGUAAAGAAAGAAAAAACAUUUUUAAGAACUGAGAAGAUUGUAAAAAUAUAGGGCAGAAGGGGGAGGCAGCGUGGUGAAGUGGGCUGUGGCCUGCGCUGGAGGCUCUGUGGGCAGGUCUCUGGGCCCAGGGCCCUUGGCACAUCCCUCGGCCCAGCCGGCUGCUUAGCUCGACAACCAUGGCCAGCCUAGGGGAGCUGCGCUCAGCUUCCUUUGCGUUCUAGGGGGCCGGGCUUUUUAUUCAGCCAAGGCUGGGGGACUGAGGCCUGGAUGCCUGUUGAAGUUACCCAGCCUAAACAUUUAGGCUUUUAUGUUGCAAAGGACUCAAGUCAAUAGUAAGGUUUAGUUUGGUUUUAAAAACAAUAAACCUGCCAGGGGCCAACAGGUCACCGAUUGCGCAGCAGCGAGUCUUUUUAAGGACAGAAAGGUGAUAGAUAGUAGAGGGACACUACAGAGAGAAUUCGAGCCUGGGAGCUGGCAAAUGUAUUAGAAUAGUUACAGCAUCAGGUCCAGCAGCUUGGGCAGGUCAGGCUUGCCUGCCUCAGAGCUGUGUGGCCAGUGUGCGUGACCUGCUCUGAUCCCCACCCAACACUAACCAGGGUCAGCACAGGGCCUGGGGUUGCAGUCUGCUUCUUGGGCAGCAUGAAAUUUGUUUUCAAAAGGAGCACUACAGUAUCACGGGGGUGGUGGGGCCAGGUCGGGCCGAGUGGCAGCAUGGUCUCCAUAGAGAAAGCACGUUCCCGAGUCCACUGCAGGACGGAAGCACACGGGCCUCCCAGACAGGACUUUGAGGGAUUUUUAAAAAGCUUUUGACAGGGUUCUGCCAUAAAGUCUACAGAAAUUGUUAGUGUAGCAUUGGAAGAAGUACCUAGUCACGAGUAAGAAAAUAAAUCCAAAGGCAGGAGACAGAGGUCGUUUCUUGGGUCAGGAGGUUUUUAAAGGCUUCCAUGAGCCGAGUGCCAGGCCCAGCCGUGGGCAGCCAGUGGGCGGCCGUGGCCUCCCUAGCUUGGUCAGCAGAGUGUUUCAGCUGCUGGGGAUUCUUAACCAGGCUCCGUGGGCGCAGAGAGAAGCGAUAGGUCAACUGCUGUGUUUGCCUUGUGGAGGGGAAAGGGGCCAGCUCUUCCGAGCAGGGAAUCUGGGAACCGCUGACACGGAUGGUGAGCCCACUGUGCAGCUGUGGUCCAAGAGGCUGGCACAUCACGGGGCAAAAUCAGGACGACAGGACGCGAAACUCUAGACCCUGGGCUGUCCCCAUUUGCCACAGCCCGUGUAGUUUCUAGAGGUUUUGUCACAAAAGGCCAAAGUCUUAUGGUUGUGCAGGAGGGGGUGGCUGAUACAGCGGCCGCGAUGAGGGCGUCCCCGUGAGCUGGGCUGUAGGGGUUCAGACUCACAGUUCCGAAUGAAAACUUGGGUGUUUCUGUGUAGAGAAUAUAGCAUGUGCUGUGACUAGCCAGUGGGAGUUUGUACCAAAUACUAGAACAUGCCACUUGAAGCCAGAAAGAACGGAAGAAUGAGUGAGAGGAAGUGCCACGUGGAGCGCCGAGAGAUGGGAGGAAGCCGUGCAGGUUAAGGAGAGUGUGGGCGGUGCGGAGGCUUGCUCCGGAGCCACGGCCCAGGCAGAGGGCCACCCAGCCUCGCUCAGAGGGGUCCUAGGCCGAGCCCGAUCCCACCCACGUCUCCUGCGGGGAAGAGAGGGGCUCAUGGAAUGACCCCCAUCAGCGCAGCUACCUCUGCUCCUUUCCACUCUGGAGGUGUACGCUGGAAACUGAUCUCCAGCCCCACCACAUCUGUAUGUGUUUCUGCCCAGACUUCUGUAACUCGAGCCCUCCCUUCCCUUCCCUACCCCUCCCCGGUGUGGCAGAGGAAUUGGUUGCCCUCAGUGACGCUUUUCUGUAUAGGUGAAAGUAAGUGUAGGUCGGGGCCCGGCCCCAAGGCUGCUGCUGUGACCCUUGUCACCAUGUGGCUCGUGUCCCCAUCAGGACUCUCUGACGUGUGCAGGGAGAGUGGGUUCCCGUCUUUUCCAUGCCGUCCUCCGGUCUGUACGUGCUCACCUGAGAGGAGAGGGCCUGUGGCAACCAGGGAAGCCUGCCCGGGGUAGUGAGCCCCUGCACCCGCCACUGCAGAGGAGCCCUCUGCCCCCCUUCCCUUCCCUUCCCCACCGAGUUGUCCGUCUGGGAUGAGUAGGCCAGUUGAACCGUUGGAAUAGAUGUUUUAGAGGAGACCCCUGAGAGUUUGAGACCCACCCCCCAUCACCCCCUCCUCCCUUCCCCACCUCGCUACAGUGUUUGGACAGGAGGGUACGGCGCUGCUGGAUGCAGCAGAUACUCUGGCUGAUCAAAGAGGCAGCCGGGCAUUUUGCACUAGGAAGAAUCAGUGAUCACUUUUCAGAAGACUUCUAUGGACCAUAAUAAGUAUAUUACGGAGGAACAGAUUUUGUUAAGACGUAAUCUAGUUUUGUAACUCAAUUAUGGAUCAACCACAUGUGGCUAACUUGCAGUUUAAAGGGAUCCCAUCAGUGAAAAAAAAAGAUUUUUUUUUAACUGACUGCUUUUAGUUAAAUUUGAGAAAGUCCUCUUGUCAAAAGGUUUAAACCUUCCCGCCUUGAUCUUAGAAGCAUGUCAAACAAUCCACGUCAGAUGCCAUAAACAAGAACUGCGAGAGAAAAUGGUACAAUCUUAGUAAAUGGGAAUUGGAAUCAAAAGGGUUUGCUGUCCUUCUUAGAAUGUUCUAAAAUGUCAAGGCAGUUGCUUGUGUUUAACUGUGAACAAAUAAAAAUCUAUUGUUUUGCACUA